CUAAUGUUUCUUCCUCUCUCAUUUUUUCAUUUUGCGCCGCUCUUCUCUGUGACUCUCAGACUCUCAUACACUUUCCCGCUCUCAUUUUCUUUAAUCGUCUCACUUCCUUUGCCGUUUCUCACAGUCUUCAGAGUCCUCUUUUUCUUCUUCUCACACCUUUCGAACUGUGAAAGGUUUUUUUUGCAAAGAAGAAGGCGCUGACUCCGAGUCCGAGGCAUUUUUAGGAAGAUCGAAGAAGAAGGGUGAAAGUUGUCAUGCCAUGAGGACGAGAAGUCUGCCUUGUUGCAAUUCAAGCAUAGCUUUGUUAUUGACAAAUCCAAUUGUCGAUACGAGACCGAUUCUCCAAAGGCUUCAUCGUGGGAUUCGGAAGGAGUGAGUAGCGACUGCUGCUCAUGGGAUGGCGUCGAGUGUGACGAGGAGACCGGUCAUGUGAUUGGCCUUGACCUUAGUGAUGGCUGUAUCUACGGUUCUAUCUAUUCCAACAGCACCCUCUUCCACCUCGUUCAUCUCCGAAAGCUGAACCUUGCUGCUAAUAAUUUCAACCGCUCUCCAAUUCCCACUACUAUCAGUCGACUUUCAGAGUUGACGUAUCUUAACCUCUCUUCUUCUUUUUUCUUUGGUCAAGUUCCAGAUGAAAUUUCACAGUUGUCCAGGUUGACUACUCUUGAUCUGUCCUGGAAGUAUGAUGAACUUGCUGAAGAAAAUCUUUUGAAACUUAAAAGUACCAUUCUGAGAAGCCUGGUUCAAAACUUAACUCAUUUGGAAAUUCUCCGCCUCGAUUAUGUAGAUGUGCUAUCGAAAAUACCCGAUUUUCUAGCAAAUUUCUCUUCUUUGACAGAUCUUGGUCUAGGUAAUGCUGGGUUACAUGGAUCUAUUCCAUCUUCACUCAGUAAACUUACCGAACUUACUCGUCUAAGACUUGCAUAUAAUCGUUUAAGUGGUUACAUCCCAUCUUCACUUCAAAAUCUCACCCACCUGAUUGAUUUGCGUUUACAAGGCAAUCAAUUUUCUGGUUCAAUCCCAUCUUGGCUGGGAAACCUUACAGAGCUGAAAGUUAUUUAUCUUCUUGGAAGCGAAUUGCAUGGUUCCAUUCCUGACUCUUUAUUCAAGCUCAAUAAUCUUGAAAUUCUAUAUCUUGAUGGCAACCACUUAGGUGGUACUUUGGAAUUUGAUAUGUUUUCCAAGAUGAGACGUCUUGCCCAACUCGGUCUAGCCGAUAACAAAUUGUCACUUGUCUUUGGAGAAAGAAACACAACUAAUGGAACCACACUCCCACAGUUCAAGAUAUUAGGAUUGUCUUCGUGCAACAUAAGUGAGUUUCCGCAUUUUCUUCGGCAUCAAAAUGAGCUGCGGUUCUUGGAUCUAUCCAAAAAUAGCAUACAUGGCCAAGUACCCAAAUGGAUAUGGAAUACAAGUGUACAAACUCUGUUGUGGGUCAACAUUUCUAACAACUUCAUAACAGGCUUUCAAAAUCCGCCAACGGCCAUUCUACACUGGGCUAGAUUGCAAGUAGUCGACCUUCAUUCUAACAUGCUGCAAGGACAACUCUUGAUUCCUCUAUCAUCCAUAGAAUAUGUGGACGUCUCAAACAACAUGCUAAGCGGUGAAAUUUCUCCAUUGAUCUGCAAUUUGAGUUCCAUUGAAAUUCUAGAUUUGUCUCAAAACAAUUUCAGUGGCACUGUUCCCCAUUGUUUAGGAAGCUUAAGUAGCUCUUUAUUUGCUCUGAAUUUGAGAAACAACUCUUUUCAUGGCAUCAUUCCUCUGGCAAUUGAGAAGGCAAGCAAUUUGCUGAUGAUUGAUUUUAGUCACAAUCAAUUUCAGGGUAAACUUCCACGAUCUCUGGCGAUUUGUACGAUGCUCGAGUAUCUUGAUUUCUCAAAUAAUCAGCUGAUUGAUGUCUUCCCCACUUGGUUGGGGACUCUUCCACGUCUAAAAGUUAUCUUUCUUCAGAAGAAUGGAUUUUAUGGAGCAAUACAAAGAGCUAAAAACACUUCAGAGUUUCCGAAUUUGCAUAUCAUUGACAUCUCUAACAACAGUUUCAGUGGUGCUUUGCCUUGUGAAUACAUAUUCAUUUGGAAUGGCAGAAAAACUUUUGAGAUGAGCAAUUCGACAUAUAUGAAUGCAGGGGUCUCCAUCCAAGUUGGUCCUAAAGACAAGUAUUUGAUCUAUUACAAUUAUGCGACGACACUUGUGACCAAAAGUGUGGAAACAUAUUAUGGGAAGAUCCGAGAAGAACUUGCAGUGAUUAAUCUCUCAAGCAACAAAUUCAGUGGAGAGAUUCCCGAAUUUGUUGGAAACCUCAUUGCUCUUCAUUCGCUCAACCUUUCAAACAACAUGCUCACCGGUCGCAUUCCACUGUCUGUUAAGGGCUUGUCAAAACUUGAAUCAUUGGACCUUUCUAGAAACAUGCUCUCCGGUGAGAUUCCUCAGCAGCUAACGCAGCUCAACUUCCUUCAGAGCUUUAAUGUUUCUCACAAUAAUCUCACCGGGCCAAUACCACAAGGGGACCAAUUGCGCACGUUCGAUCAAAGUUCUUUCGAGGGAAAUCUGGGAUUAUGUGGAGAUCCAUUGCCCAAGAAAUGUGGAGAUUCCGAGGCCUUGCAACCUACACCUUCAGCUGACAAAGAAGACGAUGAUUCGGGGUCUCCAAUUCAAUUGGAUUGGAAAGUUGUUUUGGCUGGAUCUAUUAGCGGGUUUAUCGUUGGAGUUGCUCUUGAGGAUGUGAUGAUGACAAAGAGACAUGGAUGGUUUAUUAGGGCUUUCAGAAGAGGCCUGUCAAGAAUGGAGAUUUAGGCCGCGAAGAACCUGUUUAUCAAGUUGUUUGUCUGCUGUUGCUGAUCUUCACACUUUCCUUCAUGACUCUUGAUUUGUUUUGUGAAGUACUUUGUGUUUCCUUUUAUGUAUGUUUGUCAUGUAUACACUACAACUUAUCUGUAAGUGUGUUCCUUUUAAUGCAUUUUCAUCAGUGAGAUAACUAAUGUGAUUUCAGUUUUUUAUA